GCACACCACCACAAACGCAGCAUAACGCGUCGUUCGACGUCGGUGUUUGUGUCUACGUCACGUCGGCUUAAAUUAUGUUUUAAUUACCCAGCGGCAACUGCGAAGGUAACUGAAUCGAAGCACAAAAUGCUCCCUCAAUUGCAUAACAGCACUUGCGCAUGAGUGUGUGUGUGUGAGGAAACGCCAGAGGACCGAAACACACCACACCGAAGAGCGGCGUAGGGAAAGAGACGGCAGAAGCAGCUGAAUUGCAGUACAAGAGUUCAUCGCUAACACAAACACAAGCCAUGUCCUCCUGCUGAAUUUCUAAAGCGACUUACUAUCGCUUAAUUACCAACGAACAGUAUUCGCCCGAUCAAACGCCACAUAACCCCCUAAACUCACCACAACACAUUGGAAGUGGGUGGGAGUCGCGGCUAAGCUGAAAUUGCAGCCCUGGAAAAUGGACGUUUCGGCGCAGUGCUGACCUGGCCACACAGACCAGCCCCCGACUUAGUUGCUGUUUUUUUACAUAACUCGCCACACUCGUUCGCCUCGGAAUACGUGAUAUAUAUAUAUAUGACAAUACGAUAUAUAUUAUGGCCGUUUUCCUGAUCAACGUCUGCAAAUACAAUGGCUGCGGCAUCACAUUUCCGAGCUUGAGCGAUCUGAUUUCCCACAUCGAGGACACCCACAUAGACUAUGACCCAAAGGUGGUCGAACAGAAGGAGCAGGCACAGCCUGCCUGCCUGCCCUUAAGUUACGUCCUGCGCUUCAUCACCGAGGAGAACCGCAAGGAGGCGGGCUCGUUCCUGGCCAGCAACACAACAGCCCCACCUACCACCAACAGCGGAUCCAAUGCCGCUGGCCACGGGAAUGGCAAUGUGGAGCUCAAGCGAAAGCUGGCCAUCAAGCACCACAGCUACAGCAUGUCCUCGUCCAACCGCAGCACCACGCCCACAGGCAGCGAAAUGGACGAGGACGAAAUGGUGGUCACGGAGUCGGAGGAUAGCAACGACUCCUGGACCACUGAGGAGUUUAGCUCAGAGUUUAUCAUGCGCUACGGCAGCAGGCAUUCCGGUGGUGGAAACAAUGGCACGCCCGGCAAUGAGAAACCCUUCGCCUGCCCUGUUCCGGGAUGCAAAAAGCGUUACAAGAACGUCAACGGCAUCAAGUACCAUUCGAAGAACGGUCACAAAAAGGACGGAAGAGUGCGCAAGGGCUACAAGUGUCACUGCGGCAAGAGUUACAAAACGGCCCAGGGCCUGAAGAACCACGCGCUGCACACCCACAACUCGCAGCCGGAUAGUGUGCUGAAUGCCCAGCUGGCCAAUGCAUUGGCCAUAGGCGACGGGGCCAGUGCGGCCACGCCUGUGGGCAGUAGCAACACCUCCUCCAAUCCGAACCCGCCGCCCAUCAUUCAGCGCAGCAACUCGCCGUCUCAGUCGCUGGGCUCGUUGAGUCCGUCGAGCAUCAGCAACAUGUCGAGCAGCGCCAGCAGUUGUCAUGGAGGCAGCGGCAGUCUGUCCAACGGGAACAAUGGCAACAAUGGGAGCACUACUAGCAACACUGCCAUUCUCACUAGCAACGGGAAUGUCCUGCAGCAGCUCAGUGCCGGGAAUGUGGUCACCCUGACCAAUCUUCCCACGCAACAGCAUCAGCAGCAACAGCCGCAGCCGCAACAGCAGCAGCAGCAGCAGCAACUCCAUCAAAACACUGCAACAGAAACCUCUUACUCCUGCUCAAACAACAGCAACCUCAGCAACCCCAACAGCAACCACGGCAGCAGCGAUUCCAGCAAGCCGCCCACGACUGUCCUGUCCGUUAACAAGAGGUCCACCGCAAUCGCUACAGCGAAACUGCCCACCACCGGCAACUCCCUGCCCAUGCAGAUCUCGCCCAACUUCAUUGAGCACAAGUAUUCGGCGCUGGCCAUGAAGGAGAAGUUCUUCUUGAAUCUGAGGGCCGGCAAAGCGGUGGCCAGUUCACAGGGAGCCGAUGGAAUGGGCUCAACCAUGGGGCACCAAUCGGAUGUGGGCAUUUCCGGCGGAUCAGGAGCAGGCGGUGGCUUGCGGGCGGUUGCUGUGGGCCAAAUGUGCGCGCUGCAAAACGAGCACAUUCACCAAAAUCUCUUCAAGAAAACGAUCAACUGAUCGGCAGAUCGGAUGAGAAGGCAAGAGAGUUGGCUGUGAUGAAGUAGUAACUAACUGACUAACAAACCUAACAAGAGGCGGAGAAAGAGGAUUCGUCAAUAAGGCAGAGAUGGGAAAAGGAUGCAGAAGCUGCAGCAAUUAAUGGAGGAGGAAUAAGUGAGGCAGUUGGGCGCUGCCCUACGGUCCUUAGAGAAGUUUUCCAAGACAAGGCAACAAGAAGCAAGAAGUAAGAAGCAAGAAUUUCCAUUGGCUUCCAAAACACCACAAAAUGCAAAAAACAAAACAAACAAAUUCCAAGCAUUUCGUUCGCAACUAUGAAAAAAUCACCCCCUAGCACACAAAAAAACAUUAAACCUAAUCUCAAAAAUAGUUAAGCUGGCCUGCUUAGAAAAGCUUCUCUAAAACAGCUUUAGAUAAUUUUAAAAUUAAAGGAAACAAAACAAAACAAACAAAAAUUUUGAAAAAAAAAAUAAUUAUACAAGCGACAACAUUUUAGUAAAUACAUUUGGAGAAUUUUCUUCAACUAGUCAUUAUUGUAGUUAAAUUAAAUUUUUGAUUUUUAUACGCAUAAAAACAUAACUAUCUAACCUACUGGUUGGUGGAAUUCCCGAACCCUAUAUUUAUAACUUAAAAAACCUCUAUCCCGUGUACAAUUUCAAUGAAAUCAAAGUUAAGGGUCUUUCCCCAAUCAGUUUGCGUCAUUCUAAUUGAAAAUUAUAAAUUGUCUAAAAGAAAUCCAUAGAAGCGAAAUGGUGCACGGAACUCGUUUUCGUGAGACCGUCGGAAUUAGGAAAAUUAUAAGUCGCCAGCUUGCCAAGGCAACUUUGAGCGAGAGAUGCAAAAUUUAUAAAUGUCGAAUAUUUCAAACAUAAAAUAGUUAGCUACAAAUUUAGGGGAAGCCGGGUGGCGUUUCCACAUAGGAGCCACAAUAACUCUACAGUAGUUAUAGUAUUAUAAUUAUAGAUUACGCUAUUAUUUAUAGAGCAGAGCAUGCAUCUGUAGCUGUGUGAGUGUUUAUCCGUGCAUGUAUUGUAAUUGUUUAUUUAUAGUGUUCGAACGUCCCCUAAGUGUAAAGUCCCCAACAAAUACAAAAUAUACGAUAUGAAUACAAAA